ACGACAAUUUAGUGAAAUUAAAAGAAUUUUUUUUUUUUUUGUUAUUUCAAAUAUUAAAAAAUUUUCAUUUAAAAUUUUAACAAUGGCUUACAAAUUUAUUGCUACUGUUUUAACAUUAAUUGCAUUUACAACAGCAUUACCUGGUGAUUAUCAUCAUCAUGGAGGACAUCAUCCUGGUGAUCCAGCUGGACCAUUAUAUCAUCAUGAUCCUGCAUUAUUACAUCAUGCAGCAGCAGCAGCAGCACAUCAUAUAGAACAUCAUGCACCACCACAACCAUAUGAUUUUUCAUAUGGUGUACAUGAUGGUCAUACCGGUGAUGUUAAAGAUCAACAUGAAUCAAGUGAUGGACAUGGUGCUGUACAUGGAUCAUAUAGUUUAAUUGAUCCAGAUGGUUAUAAACGUACUGUUAAAUAUACAGCUGAUCCACAUAAUGGUUUUAAUGCUGUUGUACAUCGUGAACCAUUAGGACAUGGUCAUGUUGCACCAGUACCAGCACCAGCACCAAUACCAGUUGCAGCACCAGCACCAAUAGCACAUCAUGAUCAUUAUGAUCAUCAUCAUCAUUAUUUUGCAGCUAUUUUAGCUUUUGCUACCGUUGUAUCAGCUGGUAUUUAUCAUCAUGAACCAGUACUUGUACAUCAUGCACCAGCACAUCAUACUGAAAUAGUACAUGCUGCACCAGCUGCUAUUUUACAUCAUGCUGCACCAGUUUUACAUUUACAUGCUGCUCAUGGUGAUCAUCAUCAUCAUUCACAUCAUGAUGAUCAUAGUGCACCACAACCAUAUGAUUUCAAAUAUGGUGUACAUGAUAGUCAUACUGGUGAUGUUAAAGAUCAACAUGAAUCAAGUGAUGGACAUGGUAAUGUACAUGGAUCAUAUAGUUUAGUUGAUGCUGAUGGUUUUAAACGUACCGUAAAAUAUUCUGCUGAUCCACAUAAUGGUUUUAAUGCUGAAGUACAUCGUGAACCAUUAGGACAUCAUGGACAUCAUGCACAUGUUAUUGCAGUACCAGCUCAUCAUGCUCAUGAUGCUGGUGUUUAUCAUCAUGAACCAGUUUUAGUACAUCAUUCAGCACCAGUUUUACAUUUACAUGCUGGUCAUGGUGAUCAUCAUCAUCAUUCACAUCAUGAUGAUCAUAGUGCACCACAACCAUAUGAUUUUAAAUAUGGUGUACAUGAUAGUCAUACCGGUGAUGUUAAAGAUCAACAUGAAACAGCUGAUGGACAUGGUAAUGUACAUGGAUCAUAUAGUUUAGUUGAUGCUGAUGGUUUUAAACGUACCGUAAAAUAUUCUGCUGAUCCACAUAAUGGUUUUAAUGCUGAAGUACAUCGUGAACCAUUAGGACAUCAUCAUGAACAUGUUGCAGUUGCUGCAGCAGCACCAGCACCAGCUUUAUAUAUUGCUCAUGAUGCUCAUCAUCUUCAUCAUCAUCAUUAAGAGCAUGUUAUUGAUAAAUCAAUAUA